CACACCCAUUUUUUCACAUUACACAAAACUAUUUUUUGCACUCUCUAACGCCGUUAACUAACUGGCAAAAUAUCAUCAAAUAUGGCGUGCUACGUAGAAGAGGAAGAGGUCUGGAAAUGUCCAAAACACCCCUCCAAGAGGCGGCGCAACGGCAUCUGCCCCACCUGCCUCCGCGACCGCCUCGUCACCCUCUGCCCCGACUGCCACAACCCCCGCCCCUGCGCCUGCGCCGCCGCCUCGACGACGUCUUCCUCCUCCUUCGGCGGCGAACCGUCCUUCCGCCGCUCGAGAUCCGUCGCGAUCCCGUUCCUCCGAUCCAGGAACGGCGAGCCGCACAACAGCCGCGUCAGGACGCCGUCGUCGUUCAUGUCGAUUCUGAAGAGGAGCACCACGAAGAGAAGCGGCGGCGGCGGCGAACCGGCGCCGGAGAAGACCGAACCGGCCUCCGCUAACGACGAGAAUUUCAACAGCAACAACAGAAUCGAGGAUUUCGCGAGGAUGGUGACGAGAUCGAGGUCCGUCAGCGCCGGCACGGCGAUGACGUCAGGAUUCCGGCUAGAGGAAUCGAAUUCGUCGCCGGCGAAAGGGAAAUUCUGGAACUUUCCGAGCCCGAUGAAGGCGUUCCGGAGUUCCAGAACCCCCAAAGUUGUCAUACAAGAUCGAUCGCCUUUGCACAGAGGCUAGAUUCAUUUUUCAAUCCCAAUUAUUAACAGUAAUUUUUUUUUUUUCUUUUUUUUUUCUGUCGUUUUUGCUAGCGACAUGUAUUAAUCACACGAACAUAGCUGGAUUAACCAAAAUAAAAUAAUUUUCUU